UUAGGAACUGUUGGUUGGGCUAUCUUACUUUUAUGAACACAAACCCUGCAUGCUCAGCCAGCAUCCAAAUAUCCUUGGGCGCUCCGCAGGCUCCUCCUCCUCGCGCACAUAGUUUGAUCUUCGCGGCGUGAACGCGACGCAUCGGGUAGAUUGCUAUUAUCGACCGGAUGUAUGCGUUCUCCUCGAUUUUGCUAGAUCUUCCUGGGCUUUUUGAGGGAUCACCAGGAGGCAAAUCCAGAAUGGAUGUCCGGAAAUGAGUAUUGACAAAAUAACAUGCCCUUCGUCUCGAAUGUCAUGCAAAUGUCUCGUCGGCGUUCUGCUGAUAAUUGGGACGCGGACCGCAUCAUGAGUGGAUACUCUGUCAGCACUAGUCUUCAAGGUCUAACUAAAAAGACAUCGGCGAUCGAGACGUAUAAAGCCGCGCGUAGUCACUCCCUCACGAAUCUGCCCUCCCCUGCAUCACCAUCCCACGCCAUCCCACCCAUGAUCGACUUCCAGAGCCUCCCGCGCGACGAGAUGGAGGCCAUGUGCACCCCGCUGCACCUCAUCCUCCCUCCCCCAACAACGACAGCGGCACGCGACCCCGCGGCGGCGCCCGGGCCGUCGUCCUCCGGCGGCGGCGCGCUGUACCUCGGCUCCAUGGCCGCGGUCCUCGAGCCCGACACCCUGCGCGCGCACGGCAUCACGCACAUCGUCCAAGCGCUCGAAACGCCCUGGGCGCCGCAGCCCGAGAUCGACGCCAGCGCCAGCGAUGCCGUGCCGGGCGGCUCCGGGCGGACGAAGUUCGUGUACCACCGCAUCGACAUCGAGGACGACGCGUCCGCGCCGCUGCAGCCGCACCUGGAGGACGCGUGCGACUGGAUACGGGACUCGUUGGAGGUGGGAAACGUCCUGGUGCAUUGCCAGCAGGGCGUCUCGCGCAGUCCGUCCCUUGUCAUUGCGUACUGCAUCCGCGAACGACACAUGUCGUACGACGAGGCAUUCGCAGCCGUCAAGAAGGCAAGGCGGUGUAUCAAGCCGAAUGCGGGGUUCGUCAGAACGCUGAGGGAGUGGGAGGGGACGUGCCGCGGUGUGGAGAAAGAGCAGAUAAAUCGAAAAGCAACUGAACGAAGGCGAGACGCUGUUGCCGAAUCUCGACAUGACGAAAGGACGGCCUCCGGGACCGCAAGUAGCACCCAGACAUUGUCACCACACACGUCUUGAAUGACAAGUUACACUCCUUGCUCCGAAAACACGAUGAACCCGCUGCUUCAGCAGUCCGAUUUCGCUAUCAAGAACCAGUCAUGAACCAUCCAUCGUCCAGCAGGGCAGAUAUCUCGCAAAGGCCUUGUAAACAUGUCGAGAGUAAGGUUGCAAGGCAUUUGUUGGGCCGGUAAAUGCGAAAGAGAGCCGGGCUGAAAGGUAUGCUGACCUAAUCGCCAUGCCCAAGACUGAGCUGUAAAGUAUUUUCGCGAUGGAGUAAGCUCGACUGGACAUCCUGUCCAAGACAAACGUGUCUCUCCAUGCCUUGAUGUCCCGAGUACCACAUCCUCUCCUCGAGGCAACGUUGCGCUAUCUCGAUCGAACUAUGCACCGUCUCUGCACCGUCCAUGUGCAUAUCGAGGAACGAAACGAGCGUUUGUAGCAAUCUCAGCAUCCGUUCCCAUGUGCGCAAUCCCUCCCGAUAAACCAUCUCAGGUUGUCAGCUUAGUCUGUCCCCGAUCUCGAAUUCGCAGUAGAGGUCAGGGCCGUGCGCGGCACCAUGCGAUACUUUCCCCUAGCGUCUCUGUGACUGGGUGCGGGGACGCGGUUUUCAAAUAUGCCAAGCAUCCUGGGUUGUUGAGCAUGCUAUAAGUCCACAGAAAGCCGUUCUCGGCUUCGUUCCCUCCCAAUAAACCAUCUCAGGUCAUCAGCUUAGUUUGCCCCCCACCUCGAAGUCGCAGCACGUGUUAGGACCGGGUAUGGCAUCACGCGAUAGUUUCCAGCCCAGCGUCUCCAGGAUCGGGUGCGGAGAUGCAGUUUUCAUAUCGACCGAGCAUCAGGAUUGUCGAGCAUGGCCAAGUCCACAGACAGUUGUUUCGGCUCCGUCCUAAUCCCUUGCAAAGCAUGACCUGGGCGCUACCGAAGUUCGUAGAGCGGAGGGAUGAUAUUCUAGCCCCGAUGGAUCAUUUCGCCAGCGGAGAUGGACUGGGGUCGUGCGUUGUAUCGGGGCGUGGUGUGGGCGUGCUUCGGAAGGCCCUCGCACCUUGAGCGGAAGGAAACGGAAACGAUCCCCGGAUCGCCUGGGUAUCGCAGUCGAGUGAAGAUCCGCCGUUCCUGGUCCAAGGAUUGGAUCCACACCGAGCAAAUGCAUGGGCUAAUGGAGCUCGACGGAUCGUCGAUGUAUCCACAUAUCUGUCGUGGUAGAGACCUUAGUUCUUCAAAACCGCGUGCAUGUGCCUCCAUUGACCCCUCACUCCACAUGCAUUCGCCCCAUCCACUGAUCAGCGGCGCAGUUCGCCAGUGUGGACAGCGCUCUGCGUCCAUGAGCAGCCUCCAACACUUCCUUGCCUCCUCUUCGCCAGUGCACCAGCGGACCGCCAUCGUCACUGGCGCCGGGCGCGGAAUCGGGAAAGCCGUGGCUCUGCGUCUGGCGCGGGACGGCUACGACGUCACUGUCAACGACCUUCCUACCCAGCAGCCAUCCAUCGACACCACUGUCUCGGAGAUCCGUGCCCUCGGUCGUGCCGCGCACGGUUUCGCAGCAGACGUGACGGACGCGUCCGCCGUCGACGCGCUCGUGGCCUCGUCCGUGCAAACCCUCGGCCCGCUAUCCACCAUGAUCGCAAACGCAGGCAUCGUCCAGGUGAGACCGCUGCUGGACACCUCAGCAGACGAGGUGCGGCACAUGAUGGACGUCAACCUCGUGGGUGUGCACAACUGCCACCGGUCCGCGGCGCGCCAGAUCCUGGCGCAGGGCACCAAAGGGAAGCUGAUCGCCGCCUCCAGCGUCGCGGCGUUCCGCUCGAGGAGCCUGCGCGGGACGUACUGCGCGUCCAAGUUCGCGGUGCGCGCGAUGACGCAGGCGUGGGCGGAAGAGCUGGCGAAGCGCGGGAUCACGGUGAACGCGUACGCGCCGGGGAUCGUGGACACGUCGAUGUGGAGGAAGAUCGAGGCGGAGAUGCGUGCGUAUGGCGUGGGCGAGGCGGCGGCGGCGGCGGAGAGCGGCGGUGCUGUGCGGAAGACGGGGGAGGAGGCUACGUCGCUGCCGCGUUUGAGUGUCCCGGAGGACGUGGCCAACCUUGUGAGCUUCCUAGCAAGCGAAGAAGCGGAUUGGAUCACCGGGGAAACAUAUAUUAUGGAUGGCGAGGCGUUCAUGUAGGAUUCAAUACAGGUUCUGUUGAGGGCUAAGUAGUAGGCACAGCUCAAGAGGUGGCUGUGAGCACAAUUUGUCAUAGAUUUCCACGAUCAUUCCACGAUCACGUGAAAAACGC